AUGAAUGAAAUUAAUGAUGAAACAAGGGAUGAUCAGUGUGGUGAUAAUUUUUUGAACUUGGAAAUUAUAAAAAUAGUUGAUGACGUUAUUGAUGACCGAAUUAAAUCUGUCAUUUGUGUCGUUAAGUUGAUGAGAGAACAAAUUCUAAUUCAACAACAUCACCAUCAUAAUUCAAGUUUAAAUCAAUGGGAAUUAAAGGAAAAAACAAUUCAUCACAUUUUGGAAAAACUUUCGAAUCAAAAGAUGAGACUUGCAAAGAAAUUAAAGAAAUUGAAACAAGAUGUUUAUAGAAUGCAUCAAAUUGAGAAAUCAAAUAAGAUGAAUCAUCAGAUUGGAGGAAAACCAAAACAGCAAAUGCCACCUCCACAACUAUCCAUGACUCUCUCUUCACAACAAGUAUUGGCAACUCCUUUAUCACUUCUUUUGGAUGAUCCAUCAAUUGGUGAUUCACAGAAUCCAAUUUCUCCUUGCAUUGAACCUAAAGAUAAUGCAAAUAUUCGAAAUGUACAACAAACAAGUUCUGUAAAUAAUCAAAGAAAAAGGCCAAUUCAAAGUGUUAAUUUAACGGCCAACUCUACAACAAGUGCAGCUCCAUAUAGUAUAGCUCUGGAUGCAACACCCUCAGAUGGUCACACCUAUUCUGAAAUGCCUUCCUCAAUUCGAGGAGGAAAUUCCUCUAGAAAACAAAUACAUAAUUCAGUUCCAAAUUCAUCAUCCACUCUCCAAGCAACAAACAGUAGUAUUGUCUUUACAAAUAAUCCAUCCUAUUGA